UUUGGUGGGUUCACAUCACAUCAAUGCAAAGAAUAAAAGGAAGAAGAUGAAGAUGGCAAGUAGAGAUAAGAUGAUCAUAUUGGUUUUCUGCUUCAUAUGCAUAAACUCAUUCAAAGUUGAAGCACAGUCUGCAACUCUUAUUGCUUCAGAAGUGGAAGCUCUGAAAGAAAUAGCUACACAAAUAGGAAAGAAAGAUUGGAACUUUAGCGUCGACCCUUGCAGCAAUGACACGAGCUGGGCCACCCCAAUAUCAGCUGCCAGGCCUCUGUUCAACAACACCGUCACCUGCAACUGCUCCUUCUCCGAUGGUGCAUGCCACGUCACCAACAUCUUUCUUAAAGGGCAAGACCUUGCUGGUGUGCUUCCACCGUCUAUUGCAAAGUUACCCUACCUGAUAAAUGUCGAUUUCACAAGGAACUACCUAAAUGGCAGCAUACCACGAGAAUGGGCAUCGACGAAGUUGCAAUAUCUGUCCAUUACUGUGAACAACUUAUCUGGACCAAUCCCAAGCUACCUGGGAAACAUUACCACUCUAACUUAUCUGAGCAUAGAGAAUAACAUAUUCUCAGGAACUGUUCCUCCUGAGCUUGGAAACUUGGUUAACUUGCAGAAUCUUAUUCUUAGUGCAAACAAUCUCACAGGAGAAUUGCCGGCGGCUCUUAUGAAUCUGACUAAGUUAACAGAACUGAGGAUUAGCAGCAACAACUUCACUGGAAGAAUGCCCGACUUUUUUCAAAGUUGGAAUCAACUUCAGAAAUUAGAGAUCCAAGCUAGUGGUCUACAAGGCCCCAUUCCAUCUAGCAUUUCUGUCUUGAGUAAUUUAACAGAACUAAGGAUCAGCGACUUAAAUGGAGGGGGUUCAGUAUUUCCAAACUUGAGCAAUAUGAUAAGCUUGCAAAGAUUAAUGCUCAGGAGCUGUAACUUAUCUGGACCUAUUCCUUCUGAUUUAUCAGCAAUGUCACAGUUGAAAACAUUAGAUCUAAGCUUCAACAGAUUGGAGGGGAGCAUUCCUGAUUUGGCAGAUCUGACACCCUUGCAGAACUUGUAUCUAACAAGCAACUUGCUUACUGGAUCUAUUCCAGACUGGAUCAAGAGCAGAGAUAAUCGCUACGAGAUAGAUGUUUCUUACAAUAAUUUUUCUGAGAGCUCUGAGUCACCUUCUUGUACAGAAAACCUGAACGUGUUCAAAAGCUUUUCUGCACAUGAUAACUCAUUAUAUGCAGAGUGCCUGAAGAGCUCUCCAUGUCCAAAAGAUCAGUACUCAUUGCAUAUCAAUUGUGGUGGUAAAGCAACCACCAUUGGAGGAAUCAACUUUGAAGCGGAUCAAGACCCAGGAGGUGCAGCACAUUUUGUUCCUUCAGGGCCUAGCUGGGGAUUCAGUAGCACUGGACAUUUCUGGGAUGUUAACACCACCUCUAAAGACUACAUAGCAACUAAUAUAUCUAUACUCGGGAUGAACAACUCUGAGUUGUACACAGAUGCACGCCUCUCUCCUCUUUCUCUCACGUAUUAUGGACGCUGCUUCGGCAGUGGAAAUUAUACUGUGAAGCUUUACUUUUCGGAGAUUAUAAUCAGAGGCAAUAGAUCUUUUUCUAGUCUUGGAAGACGGAUAUUCGAUGUUUAUAUUCAGGAGAAGUUAGUGUUGAAGGAUUUCGACAUUGAAAAGGAUGCCCAAGGGGUUGAUAAGCCAGUCAUCUGGGCAUUUAAAGCAGUUGAGGUUAAGAAGAAAACUUUAGAGAUCCGAUUUCAUUGGUCUGGGAAAGGGACAACAGCUUCCCCAAACAGAGGAGUAUAUGGUCCCCUUAUUUCAGCUCUCUCUAUAGAAUCAGAGUUCAAGCCUCCUCAUGAUAGCAAGACAUGGGUAUUUAUUGUGGUGGGAGCUUCGGUUUUGUGCCUCAUUCUGUUGAUUUUAAGCAUUCUUUGGUGGAGAGGCUGUCUGGAUAAGAAGACAUCAAGAGAAGAAGCUCUGAGAGGACUGGAUCUGCAAACUGGCUUUUUCACCUUCAAGCAAAUAAAAGCUGCAACUAAUAACUUUGAUCCUGUAAACAAAAUUGGGGAAGGUGGUUUUGGAUCUGUGUACAAGGGAAUACUACUGGAUGGUACUAUAAUUGCAGUAAAGCAAUUAUCUGCAAAAUCAAAGCAAGGAAAUCGUGAAUUUGUGAACGAAAUAGGCAUGAUUUCUGGUUUACAGCAUCCAAAUGUCGUGAGAUUGUAUGGAUGUUGUGUUGAAGCAAAUCAGUUACUUUUGGUAUAUGAAUACAUGGAGAACAAUAGCCUUGCACAUGCUUUGUUUGGUCCAGAGGGAGGUCUGGACUGGCCUACGAGGCAGAAAAUAUGCAUAGGCAUAGCAAAAGGUCUGGCAUAUUUGCAUGAGGAAUCAGCACUGAAGGUUGUCCACAGAGAUAUUAAAUCUACGAAUGUAUUACUGGACCAAGACCUUAACGCUAAGAUCUCAGACUUUGGUCUGGCCAAGCUUGACGAAGAAGAGAAUACCCACAUUAGCACCAGAGUUGCUGGAACUAUAGGAUACAUGGCGCCUGAAUAUGCACUAUGGGGUUAUUUAACAUACAAAGCAGAUGUAUACAGUUUUGGUGUUGUCGCAUUGGAAAUUGUUGUUGGAAAGAACAACAUGAAAUUUCGAGCAGAUGAGAACUUUGUAGGCCUUGUGGAUUGGGCCCUUGUUUUACAACAAAAAGGGAAUCUAAUGGAGCUCGUGGAUCCAAGGCUGGGGUCCGAUUUCAGCAAGGAAGAGGCAAUUAGAAUGGUCAAAGUAGCUCUGCUAUGCACCAAUCCGGCACCAGCACUUAGGCCAACGAUGUCUGCAGUAGUGAGUAUGCUUGAAGGGAGGAGCGUUGUUCCUGAAUUGAUUAUGGAUCCAAGUAUCUAUGGUGAUGAGACGAGGUUGACUGCCUUGAGGGACCGGUUUGAGAAGUUUGCAGCAGAAGACAGCUCAUCAAGUGGAACUCAGAGCUUCUUGCGUGGAUCAGAUGCAACAUCGAUUGGUUGUUCUGCUACUGCUACGUCUUCAGAUCUCUACAAAGUUAGUCCUACUUCUUAGUAAUGUAGACACACAGGAAUGUUACCUCACUUGUCUUUUGGAAAACGUAUUGCACACAUGAAUUCACAUGGCAAUGAUCAUAAUAGGAAAUGUAGCACCAUUUUAGUAAGAACUGUAUUGCAAUUGACCAGCCAUCUUC